UAUCCAGAGCCUUUAAGCUGAGAAGAUCACUGCGAGCUUAAAUAUCAUGAGGAAAAUCAAAGAGGAAGACUGCUAUAUUAUUGAUAUGGAUCAUCUUGUUUUAGAAAUGGACGAGGAACAACCAGAAGAAAAUUACAACGAAAGUAAUAUGGAAAAUGUCCCAUUACAAGAUCAACGUCCAUAUAAUUUUUUGAGAAAUUGUAACUCUGUUGGACUAUGGAUCUGCGUUCUUUAUAACCUUUGCAUGGUUUUGUUAGUGGUGUUAAUAUUAAUUUACAAGCAUUAAAAAUGUUUAUUGUUUUUAAAUCAAACUUUAAUUGCAGAUAAUAUCUGUCUAAUCUGGGCUAACUUAGUGCACUCAAACAUCAAAAGAAAACAGAAGCUGCUUAGUGCCCCAAAUGUACUUAAACUUUUCUCAAUUUUAUUGCCGCCAAACAAUUUAAGUUGUUGACAAAGUCAUCAGCAUGCUGCAGGCAGCGGCUUUUAAAGAAAUUGCAGCAUCAGCAGGAAAAAACAAAUUCAACAAAGUUGCCUCUGUUGCAUUUUUAGUUUCUUUAUUGCGCCUCGACAAACUUUUAUUUGUUCCCAUUUCGACUUCGAAUUUUUGGUGUUCAACAAUUAGACUAAAAGUGUCCAUUUUAAAUAUGGAAAACAAAAUUUAACAAAAUAAAAGACUAGUGAUUAUCUUUUCAACAAUAAAUCCUUUAACUUUUAAGCCAAUUUAAUGACAACAUUUUGCUGCAUUUUAAAAAUAAAGCACGGUUCUGCCUUGUGUGAACUUUA